GUGUUUUACUUAAUUGGCUGGGUGUGGCUCAAGCUUAUAUCGAACCAGUCCGGUACCUUGGGGUUGGCCUCGUCAUCAUUGGAUCAUUUCUGAUCAUAGCUGCCAUGUUUCGCUGGAUGUUUCUUUCACCACAUCCCAGUACCGUCCAUGAGGUGAAUUCUGAAGCUACUGGGGAUUUACAUGUGAUCACUGUUCCAAUGGGUAGGACUCAGAGCCAAUCUCGGACACCUGGCACAUCAGCAGCAUCGCAGGGUAAGCCACCAGAUUAUUUCUUGGUUACAGAAAAACCCCCAAGCUAUGAGGAAGCAAUGUCAAUGCUUCCCAAGUAUGCUGCUACUCAUUCAGGAUCAUUACAGCUCAACACAGAAGGUGGCUUAGAAGAUUUUUUGGCACCACAUCAGGUGCCCGAAUCUUAUCCCGAGGGUGCUACAGGGGGUUGCAUAUCUCACACAAAUCCCAGACGUGAGAGUGCCUCACCCCCUCCAGCCUAUUCAAGUCAGUUGUCACUCUGUGCAUCUCCUUCCACAAGUGGAAACAGCAAUAAUGCUACUCCACCUCUUUCUAAUAGCACCAGUGGCCUUCAUAAUGUCCAGUCUUUUGAGGCGCAAGAUACCAGGGCCUCAACGAUAAAUGUUGACCAGAGUGAUGGCAUCAGAAAUGAUAUGGAGAAAACAGAAGAAAAAGACCCUAAAAUUGAGAAAGCAAUCAUAAAGAAGUCUGAAGAAAAAUGAAGAUGGAACGUAAUUUAGAUCUGAGUUUUGAAGCAUUUCAGAAAGUGCCCUUGGACCUGGUUAACUCACAUUUUAGGAAAUGCUCUUGAAUAAGAGUGAUUGGAAUGGAUUUUGCCUCUUGAAUACUGGGCUUUCAACAUUUACAACUUAAAGGUACAAUUCAAGUAGCCCAUAUUGGCUUGUUUUUCUGUUUUAUCAGUCUUUCAGCCAUUUGCCCAGUUGUUGAAAUAAUUACCGUCUACUACUAUGAUGUAAGAGUAUAAUAAUUUUUUCUAUGAAAUUUAGGCAAAAUGUUUCUAUUGUUUGUUGUGUCAUCUUGCCCUCAAAAUAACCAUGCACUGAUAUUGGACAUUUCUUUUCCAGUUCAUAUCAUAUUAGAAAUAAUUUGGACUUGUUGGCAUAGAGCUUGUGUGGUUUUUUCAAUUUGCUGUUAAUUUAAGUCAGCUAGAAUCUUGUUCACUGAAAACUAUUUAAUAUAAUUAGUCUAUAGCAGUUGUUGUUUUCACUUGGAAAAUAUUUAAUUUUGUUUUAUUUAUGUUGUACAACAUUUGGUAUAUGUAUUAACUUGAAAUUAAGCAGUCAGUUUUUUUUAUUAUUGUUCCGGAUCAUUUCAUAAUGUAUAAAAGUAUGUGUCAUUACUUGCAUAUGUCACCAAUAGUUUGGUUCUAGUUCAUGUUGCUAGUCAGAACUGGUAUUGUGCUUAGAUGUCCUUGUGAUUUUAAUAGAGGCAACAUUCUCUCCAUAGUGACAAUUCUAUCUCUCAGAUUGAAAGGUGAAUGAGAUGUCUCAUAUUGUAGACAUUCAGCGACUGUGAUAGUGAAUCGUGGCAUGUUGAAGAUUAUUGUGUAGCUUAUGGUAAGAUGCAUUUAAGUAAAUUUUUAUGCAUUAUUUGGCUACCUAAAGUAAAACCAUUUAUGUACUUUAGACUGAACUUGUUGAAAAUAAUGGCCAGACCAGUGUAUUUUCAACUUAUUUUAGAGAUGGGGUACCACUUUUAUUUAUUUUUUUCAUUAGGAAUAUGAAUUUAUAUUGGACUAGUAAUGAAGUACCUAUUGCCCAAUGCUUAAAUUGAGCCAACUGUGAAAGUUAGGAUUUAGCUGGUAGAGUUCUUUAGUGUGUGUUGCAUGUAAAGGUUAGCAAGCUAGAUCAAUGCUUUAUAGAGAGGACAACAAAUGAGCUUCCAGUGAAAGUAUGCCUUCCCUUUCUCUCUAUGUGAGAAGGAUUUGAAAUCAAACAUACUUCUAACUAAUUGGUUCCAGCAGAGAACAGUCCAUUUUUUUUUUAGGGGCAUGGGAAUUAUACAUAAAAUGACUAAUAUUAAUACUGUAAUUCUUUGUUGGAAAAGUCGUGUAUAAUUUAGAAUUUCAACCAGAUUUUUCUGUGUCCUGACCAAAUAUCAUUACUAUUUUACUAUGGGAAAGGUUUGUCUUGUGUAUUAAUUACUGAUUAGAUAACAUAUCAAAAAAAUGAAGCUAGUGAUAGCAGAAGGAUAUGUGCUAGUGUCCUAUCUCAAGAAUGAACUGCACAGUUUUUUUCUUCUCUUCUUUUACUACAGGUCAAUGCACAUAUUAUGAUGACCAGUCAAGUUUUGAAGACAGUUUGUGGGUGCUGCUUAAAGGGUGUAUUAUUUAUUGAUAACGUAUAAUUGAAAAGUUUUGGGACAGGAAAGGGUUGCACGUGUAUUUGGGUUAAGCUAAUUCUAUUGUAUUUAUAUCAAGUAAACAAUCAUAUGAAUGACUGUUACUCUUCAGAAUGUAAGACUCCUAUGUCCAUUAUGGAGGAAGCUCAUUGAAUUACAGGUGUUUGAUAAGUAUAGCUGUUGAAAAAGUUUAAAAUUUCUUGGCCGUCUCUUGUGUAUUACGUAUUUAGAAUAAGAAAUACGUGAAUAUCUUUGUAUCAUAAGAACACCUUUGAGGCCUUGAAGGUUAUGUACAGUGCAGACUUGGUGUCAAGCUUUUUUUUUUUUUUUUUUUUUUUUUUUUUUUUUUUUU